AUGCACUUUGCUGUGGGAGUGACUUUGGCAGUGCUUGCUAGCAUCGGCACCACUUUUGCCGCUUCCAAUGAGCGAGUCCUUGGCGUGUACGUCUUCCACAGACACGGGGACCGCACGGCCAAGUCCUGGGCUCCCGUCAACCUCACCGCGCUCGGUGCGGACGAGGUGCACCGGUCCGGCACCUACUACCGCUCCCGCUACAUCUCCGCUAAUGCCAGCAACAACAUCGAGGGUGUGAGCCCCGACGUUCCUCUGCUCGCGCAGCUAUCCGUCAGCGCUCCCGAGGACGCCGUGCUGCACAACUCGGCCGCUGCGUUUGUGCAGGCCCUCUAUCCGCCGAACGGGGCCAGCGAGACGCUCGCCAACGGCACCAAGGUCGAGGCGCCGCUCGGAGGCUAUCAGUAUGUGCCCGUCGACGCCGUGACGGCGGACGUGACUGGCAAAGCAGCCGAGAGCAGCGCAUGGCUGCAGGGCAGCAGCAACUGCAACAAUGCUAUCGUCAGCUCGAAUCAGUAUUUUGCCUCUGCGGAGUAUGCAAGCACCGCCAAAGACUCGGCCGCGUUCUACAAAACUCUGUUGCCUGUCAUCAAUGACACAUUCAACUCCAGUACAGCUAUCUUCAGAAACGCAUAUACUAUCUGGGAUUUGAUCAAUGUUGCCACUAUCCACAACUCCUCGAUUCCUGCGGACAACCUGUUGACGGACGAAACCUUGUCUCGUAGCUUUGAUCUCGCCUCACGUCACGAAUGGAAUCUGGCGUACAAUGCCAGCGAUCCUGUGCGCGCCAUCUCUGGCGCCGUCCUUGCCGGCCAGAUCCUGAACGCGCUACAGUCCAUCGUCAAUGGUACCGCCGGCAGUCCAAGGUUCAACGUCCAAUUCGGCUCGUACGGUGCCUUUAUGGCUUUUUUUGGACUUGCACAGCUGCAAAAGGAUUAUGACAACUUUUACGGCAUCACCGACUACGCCUCGUCCAUGGCAUUCGAGAUGUACACCACGAGCACAAGCAGCAAGCCAAACCCCGACGAGAUCCAGGUUAGAUUUCUAUACAGCAACGGUACUGCCUCUGACAGCAAUCUGAAACAAUUCGCUCUCUUCGGCAAGGACAGCCAGUCCUGGAGCGACUUCCAAGGCGGCAUGUCCAAGUUUGCACUUACUAGCACUGAUCAGUGGUGUAAACUGUGCGGCGGCACCAGUGGCCAAUGUGCCACAACCUCUCCAGACCAAGGUGACGGCAAUGCCAAGACAUCGUUCAGCCAUGGAAAUGGGAUUUCCAAACCUGUGGCUGGUGUCAUUGGUGCGCUUGUCACGCUCGCUGUCAUCCUCGGCCUCGAGAUGCUGGUCAUGGCCGUUGGCGGCAUAAGGCUUGUUCGGAAGCGCAAGGCCAAUGCUAUUGACGAGGGCAGCGAUGACGGUAGCGCUGAUAAGGCAAACUAA